CUUCCCCUCCGCUAUCUUCUGAAAAUCGGUGAUUUGGGAGUUGAAACAAGUGUCUAUUUUAGUGUAUUUGAAAAAUAAUUCAACUUUUCCUCAGAGUUAUGGGUGCUUUACAUUGAGUUUUUGGUGUACUGUACAAUUCAAGACACUGCCGACUUAACCGUGCUUUUGUUCCGUUCCAAUGAAGAAACUUCGAAGUAACCCACCCGUUGUUAUGUUUCGGGAGUGUGAAGUGUUUGUGAAAUUAUCAAGCCUCGUCUGCCAGUGCCACUCCUAAUAUUCUUAAUUGAACUUUUUUUAGUAUUUGAGAAUUCUCUUCGAUUCCAUGCAAUAUUUUCACCCCGCACUGUUUCAAAUGCCGUGAGUUUGAAAAAUGCCUCUACCAAAACGUGUUAUCGAGCCUGUCCAUGUUUCCCGAGGCACAAUACCACCGGAUUUUCCCCUGCCGAGUGAACUCGAGGCAGCAACAAAUGGAACUUUAGCAAAUGCUGUGCGACAGCUCUCUAGUUUAAGUAGGCAUGCAGAAGAUUUGUUUGGGGAAUUGGCCAAGAGUGUGCAUUCUCUUGCCACAAGAGCGGGUUCUCUACAAGUACGGCUUGACCGGUUAGCUGUAAAAGUUACUGAAUUGGAUAGCAAUGUUGAAGAAGUUUCAUUGCAAGACAUCCACAUGCGGAAGGCUUUUAAGAGUGCAGUGUCAUUCGACCAAGAAGUGGUCGGACGAAAAACAAUGCCCACUGCUAUGCUAGAAACCUAUAAUCAAUGUGAUAAACCACCACCUCUUGAUAAAUUAAAUCCGUACAGAGAGGAUGGUAAAGAUGGUUUGAAAUUCUACACUGACCCUAGUUACUUCUUCGAUCUUUGGAGUCAAGAAACGGAAAAAGAAACUGAAAGAGUCAUGCAUGACAGAGGAAAAAAGCCGCACAAAUAUCGAAGAGGUCAAGAUGGGACAGGUGCAAAUGGAAUCGGGAAUAGGCACAAAAAGCAUGUUCGACAGCCACACAACACUCGAGAGAGGCAACGACAGUUGGCCGUUGGCCAUGGAGAAUACAUAAUGUCGCAAAACACACACUAUCGAACACCACAGCAGGUGUUUGAUUUAAGCCAUGAAGAGGCCAUGAUGGGGGGCUACAUCAUGACAACAGACAUGCGACCCAACAGACCCAAUAGUAUUGAGCUCAGGAGAAACUACCCGGAACAUGUUACCGAUGCCAUCUACACACCAAAUAAUAUACACUACAGGAGUACAAACAAUGGUAUACUGGGAGGAAUGGGGACAAUGGUAUACGAUGAAAAUCAGCUGAAUUAUGGCUCUCCUCAAAUGACAGGGAACAUGGUGUCCCACUACGGAAGCAAUGCCAUCCUCUCGCCAGCCGAAAAUUGUGUUAGUCCUAGUCGCCGAAUACGGCCAAGCCAACCUCCACCUGCUCCACCUUCCAAUAGCAAUUCCGCCUCAAGUACUCCCUUGGUUGGGUCUGUAUCUAAUACACCAACACGCGGAAGGAGUGCCAGCACCGGUCGAGAUACGCUGCCACCUCCUCCUCCUCCUCCCAUCGAAACUCCAACGCCUCCACCAAUCGAACCGCUUCCACCUCCUCCUGCCCCUCUUCCUGUGAUGCCCCCUGCACCGUCUCCCCCUAGAGCUUGCUCACCCCCUGCACCACCACCUCCACCCCCUCCCCCUCCUCUUCCAAUGAUGCCCAACGGCUUGAUUCCAACGCUCAAUGGUGAUGUAGCCAAAAGCCCGAAACAGAUCAUUCCAAACUCGCCGCCAAAACAAACAGAAAAGAAUAGUGCGAUAAACCCCCCUGCCAAAAAUAAGCCAAGCGCCCAAGUGUUGCAACAUGACCCUAGGAGCGAUUUACUGAAAGCCAUCAGAGAUGGUAUCAAACUUAGGAAAGUGGAGAAAAUAGAACAGAAAGAAGGGGAACGUGUGAAUGCUCAUGAUGUUGCAUCAAUCCUUGCACGGCGAGUUGCUGUAGAAGUGUCGGACUCAGACUCUGCUUCUGCCUCAGAAAGCGAAUACGACAGCGAUGGUUGGGUCGACCCCCAUGAAACCAGUGCUUAAUCCAUGUAUCUAUGUAUUUAUCUACAGAAUAUCUUGUAUCACAAUGCGAGACGCGUACUUUAAUGCUUUGUAUUUACUAUUUACAUACAAUUUGUACUAUACUGAUAGCAUAUUAUUAAUACUUAUCGUGAAAUCUUAAUCAUUCUAAGGGUCUAUUAGUUAAUUUUAAUUGUUAAUCUAAUUAUUUUAUUCAAAACAUUUCAUAAAUAUCUAGCUUUGUCUCUUUUAUACUUUUGAUCGUGGUAUGGCCCCCGUGCAAAGUUUCACGAAGCCAACCAUCGAAUUGAUCAUUGAAACCCUUGAAAGUAAUAAACUAUGCAAGUCAGUUAGAAGUUUUCAAAAUUUCUGUUGGUAUUUUAUUGUCUUCAUUGCUCAAAUUUUUUAACAGGUCUUCUGUUUUUUAUUGGUGCCAAUAAAAAUUUCAGAACUUCUUGGGAGAAA